AAGAGACCAUAGUUGCGGGUUGUAAUGUAAACUUGUGUUUUUUUCUAAGCUUCACUCUCUUUUUUGCUUCCUUUGAUGCUAAGUAGCUUAAAGUAGCCGCCCUUCUGUUUCUCACUCUAUAUCUGGUUUUCUCUUCUCUCUUAGGGUUUUUUCUCUCUGUGAGCUCUCUUUCUAGUUUUGCUUUCUAAUUUUCUCCUCACAUUACCUUUACUGUUCCAGUGUUUACCCUGUUCCUAUUUAUGCAGAUGAUUUAAUAGCUUAACAUCUUCUUGCUAGUGACCUGGGAAGUGAGUGUUUUUCCCUUUUUUCUGUUGAGAUUCUGGGUGGAAGACGAGGGCAAAAAUGUCCUCGAGCAGGGGGUCAGAUCAAUCACAGCCGAUGAGGCGGAUCACACGAACACAGACUGCUGGUAAUCUGGGAGAGACCGCUUUUGAUAGUGAGGUGGUGCCAUCUUCUCUUAGCGAGAUUGCACCCAUUCUCCGUGUUGCCAAUGAGGUUGAAUCAAGCAACCCAAGGGUGGCUUACCUCUGCCGAUUCUAUGCAUUUGAGAAAGCUCACAGGUUGGAUCCCACUUCUAGUGGACGUGGCGUUCGCCAAUUUAAAACUGCACUCCUUCAGCGUCUCGAAAGAGAGAAUGAUCCAACUCUACAGGGAAGGGUUAAGAAAAGUGAUGCUCGUGAAAUGCAAAGUUUUUAUCAACACUAUUACAAAAAAUACAUCCAGGCCUUGACAAAUGCUGCCGAUAAGGCUGAUCGGGCACAACUCACAAAAGCAUACCAGACUGCAAAUGUUCUCUUUGAGGUUUUAAAGGCUGUCAAUUUGACACAGGCUAUUGAAGUUGACCGCGAGAUUCUGGAAGCUCAGGAUAGAGUAGCAGAACAAACACAGAUUUUGGUCCCCUACAACAUCCUUCCGCUUGAUCCUGAUAGUGCAAACCAGGCUAUUAUGCAAUACCCUGAGAUCCAAGCAGCUGUUUAUGCUCUUCGUAACACAAGGGGUCUUCCUUGGCCCAGUGAUCACAAGAGAAAGAAAGAUGAAGACAUUCUAGAUUGGCUUCAAGAAAUGUUUGGGUUUCAGAAAGAUAAUGUGGCAAAUCAAAGGGAGCAUCUGAUCUUAUUGCUUGCAAAUGUCCACAUACGGCAAUUUCCAAAGCCUGAUCAACAACCCAAGUUGGAUGACCAUGCCCUGACAGAAGUGAUGAAGAAACUUUUUAAGAACUACAAAAAGUGGUGCAAGUACUUGGAUCGCAAAAGUAGUCUUUGGUUGCCCACCAUUCAGCAGGAAGUGCAACAGAGAAAAUUAUUGUACAUGGGUCUGUACCUUUUAAUAUGGGGUGAAGCUGCAAACUUGCGGUUCAUGCCAGAAUGCCUUUGCUACAUCUAUCAUCAUAUGGCAUUUGAACUUUAUGGUAUGCUGGCUGGAAAUGUCAGUCCACUGACUGGAGAGAAUAUCCAGCCAGCCUAUGGAGGAGAGGAGGAAGCUUUUCUGAAGAAAGUUGUUACACCUAUCUAUGAAGUUAUUCGAAGGGAAGCUGAAAGGAGUAAACGAGGGAAAUCAAAGCAUUCACAAUGGAGAAAUUAUGAUGAUUUAAAUGAAUACUUCUGGUCUGUUGAUUGCUUCCGAUUGGGUUGGCCAAUGCGUGCUGAUGCUGAUUUCUUUUGCCUGCCAACUGAACAACUUGUUGAAAAAAAUGGAGAUAACAAGCCACCAGCUACUAGGGACCGAUGGGUGGGGAAAGUUAACUUUGUUGAGAUACGCUCGUUCUGGCAUGUUUUUAGAAGCUUUGAUCGAAUGUGGAGCUUUUUUAUUCUCUGCUUGCAGGUUAUGAUCAUUGUUGCUUGGAAUGGCAAUGGUCAACCAAGUUCCAUCUUUACGGGUGAUGUGUUCAAGAAAGUACUGUCUGUCUUUAUUACUGCUGCUAUAUUAAAGCUUGGCCAAGCUGUCCUUGAUGUAAUCCUUAGUUGGAAAGCACAGCAGAGCAUGUCAUUUCAUGUUAAGUUAAGAUACAUAUUGAAAGUUGUUUCAGCAGCUGCAUGGGUGAUUGUUCUGCCCGUUACUUAUGCUUAUACUUCAGACAAUCCUUCAGGAAUUGCCCGAACAAUCCAAAGCUGGUUUGGCAGUGCCUCAAGUUCACCUUCCUUAUUCAUUUUAGCUGUUGUGAUUUACUUGUCACCAAAUAUGCUGGCUGCAAUAUUGUUUCUCUUUCCGUUUGUUCGUCGAUUCCUUGAAAGUUCACACUACAAGAUUGUGAUGCUUAUGAUGUGGUGGUCACAGCCUCGUCUCUAUGUUGGUAGGGGAAUGCAUGAGAGCACAUUUUCUCUCUUCAAGUAUACAAUGUUUUGGGUCCUACUUAUCAUCACUAAGUUGGCAUUCAGUUAUUAUAUUGAGAUAAAACCUUUAGUUGGUCCCACAAAAGCUAUUAUGUCUGUUCGGAUAAGGCAUUUCCAAUGGCAUGAAUUUUUCCCUCAAGCAAGGAACAACAUAGGCGUUGUGAUUGCUCUUUGGGCUCCAAUCAUUCUUGUCUAUUUUAUGGAUACCCAGAUUUGGUAUGCAAUAUUCUCUACACUAUUUGGAGGUAUUUAUGGUGCAUUUCGACGCCUUGGAGAGAUUCGAACAUUAGGAAUGCUCCGGUCUCGUUUUGAAUCAUUGCCUGGUGCUUUUAAUGCCCGUUUAAUUCCGGGGGAUAAGAGCGAGAAAAAGAAAAAGGGAUUUUGGCUUUUUUUCUCUCGCAGCUUUGGGCAGCCACGGUCUAAUAAAGAGAAAGAGGCUGCAAAAUUUGCUCAGUUGUGGAACAAAAUAAUCAGUAGUUUUCGGGAGGAAGAUCUUAUAAGCAACAAGGAGAUGAAUCUGUUGCUUGUUCCCUAUUGGGCAGACCGUGAUUUAGAUGAAAUCCAGUGGCCACCUUUUUUGCUUGCGAGCAAGAUCCCAAUAGCAUUAGACAUGGCCAAGGACAGUGAUAGUAGGGAUAGAGAGCUGCAAAAGAGGAUUGAAGCUGACCCUUACAUGUUCUGUGCAAUUCGUGAAUGUUAUGCUUCAUUCAGAAGCAUUAUUAGGUUUCUAGUUGAAGGGCUGCGUGAGAAAAGAGUUAUAGAUGACAUAUUUUCCAAGGUUGACAAACGUAUAGCCGAUGGUAGUCUGAUUAAGACUUACAGAAUGAGUGCUCUUCCUAGUCUCUAUGACCACAUUGUGAAGUUGAUAAAACUUUUGUUGGAAAAUAAGCAGGACGAAAGGGGUCAAGUGGUACUUUGUUUCCAGGACAUGCUGGAGAUUGUGACAAAGGACAUAAUGGCGGAUGAAGAAUUCUCCAGCUUGGAACAUGGAGGGUCUGGGCAUGAUGGGAUGAUUGAUCCACUUCAUCAAUUAUUUGAUACAAAAAAGUUAGAUCAGUUAUUUGCUUCUACUGGAGCUAUCGAAUUUCCAACUCCUGUUUCAGAAGCAUGGAGAGAAAAGAUCAACCGGCUCUAUUUAUUGCUUACCACAAAGGAAUCUGCAAUGGAUGUACCCUCUAAUAUAGAUGCUAGGAGGCGAAUUUCUUUCUUCUCAAAUUCUUUGUUUAUGGACAUGCCUGCUGCACCUAAAGUUCGCAAUAUGCUUUCUUUCUCUGUUUUAACUCCUUACUACACAGAAGAAGUUCUCUUCUCCUUGCAAGAAUUGGAAGAGCCAAAUGAAGAUGGUGUUUCCAUUCUGUUUUACUUGCAGAAAAUCUUUCCAGAUGAAUGGAAUAACUUUCUUGAAAGGGUGGAACGAAACAAUGAAGAAGAACUUAAAGAAUCUCCUGAAUUACAAGAAAAACUUCGUCUGUGGGCAUCAUAUAGGGGGCAAACUUUAACAAGAACUGUUAGAGGUAUGAUGUACUAUCGAGAAGCAUUGGAGCUUCAGGCUUUCCUUGAUAUGGCCAAACAUGAAGAUUUGAUGGAAGGCUAUAAGGCCAUAGAACUAAAUACAGAGGAUAGUAAAGAGAACAGAUCACUGAAGGCACAGUGUGAAGCUGUAGCUGAUAUGAAAUUUACGUAUGUGGUGUCUUGCCAACAAUAUGGCAUUCAGAAGCGAUCUGGUAGUGAGCGUGCACAGGACAUUCUGAGGCUUAUGACAAAAUACCCAUCACUCCGUGUAGCAUAUAUUGAUGAGAUUGAACAACGUAGUGAGGAUAGGUCGAAGAAGCUUAAUGGCAAGGUUAAUUAUUUCUCAGUGCUAGUGAGGGCUGUGCCGAAAUCCAUUGAUUCUUCAGAGCAAAAUCUAGACCAGGAAAUUUAUCGGAUAAAGCUUCCAGGACCUGCUAUCUUGGGUGAAGGAAAACCAGAAAACCAAAACCAUGCUAUUAUCUUCACACGAGGAGAAGGCUUGCAGACAAUAGACAUGAACCAGGAUAAUUACAUGGAAGAGGCCUUGAAAAUGAGGAAUUUGUUGCAAGAAUUCCUCAAAAAGCAUGAUGGUGUAAGAUACCCAACCAUACUUGGGCUCAGAGAGCACAUAUUUACUGGAAGUGUUUCUUCUCUCGCGUGGUUUAUGUCAAAUCAGGAGACCAGUUUUGUUACUAUUGGUCAGCGACUGUUAGCCAACCCUCUAAAGGUUCGAUUCCAUUAUGGUCAUCCAGAUGUAUUUGAUAGGCUCUUUCACCUUACAAGAGGAGGUGUCAGUAAAGCAUCCAAAGUCAUUAAUUUAAGUGAAGAUAUUUUUGCUGGUAGGAAGGCCUUGAUUUUUUUUUUUUACUGGGUUUUGAUUUUUUGCCCGACUUUGAUUUGUAACUUGUGUGAUUUAAUUGUGAUUACAGGCUUCAAUUCUACACUUCGUGAAGGCAAUGUGACUCAUCAUGAAUACAUACAAGUUGGGAAGGGAAGGGAUGUGGGUCUAAAUCAGAUAUCUAUGUUUGAGGCCAAAAUAGCUAAUGGCAAUGGUGAGCAGACAUUGAGUCGAGAUAUAUACCGGCUGGGACAUCGUUUUGACUUUUUCAGAAUGCUGUCUUGUUAUUUCACUACAGUUGGUUUUUAUUUCAGUACUCUGGUAACAGUGCUCACCGUCUAUGUGUUCCUUUAUGGGCGCCUCUAUCUUGUACUCAGUGGCCUUGAACAAGAAUUGAGUCAGGAACCAGCAAUCCGUGAUAAUAAGCCUCUUCAAGUGGCUCUUGCUUCUCAAUCUUUUGUUCAAAUUGGAUUUUUGAUGGCACUACCCAUGUUGAUGGAAAUUGGCUUGGAAAGGGGUUUCCGAACUGCAUUGAGUGAAUUUAUAUUAAUGCAACUGCAACUGGCACCAGUAUUUUUCACAUUUUCUCUUGGAACAAAAACCCACUAUUAUGGAAGGACAUUGCUUCAUGGAGGUGCUAAGUACAGGCCUACAGGCCGAGGGUUUGUGGUGUUCCAUGCAAAGUUUGCUGAAAACUACCGGCUUUAUUCACGUAGCCAUUUUGUUAAGGGUAUUGAGAUGAUGAUCUUGCUUAUCGUGUACCAAAUCUUUGGUCAUACUUACAGAAGUACAGUUGCUUAUGUAUUGAUCACUGCAUCCUUGUGGUUUAUGGUGGGCACAUGGCUUUUUGCUCCCUUCCUAUUCAAUCCUUCUGGUUUUGAGUGGCAGAAGAUUGUUGAUGAUUGGACUGAUUGGAAUAAGUGGAUAAACAACCGAGGUGGUAUAGGUGUACCUUCAGAAAAAAGUUGGGAAUCGUGGUGGGAAGAAGAGCAAGAGCAUCUUCAAUAUUCUGGAAAGCGUGGUAUUAUUGCUGAGAUAUUGUUAGCUUUACGUUUCUUUAUCUACCAGUAUGGGCUUGUCUAUCACUUGCAUGUUACAAGGAAAACCAAAAGUUUUUUGGUUUAUGGUGCAUCAUGGCUUGUGAUUGUUCUAAUAUUGUUUGUAAUGAAGACUGUAUCUGUUGGAAGGCGGAAGUUCAGUGCAAGCUAUCAGCUUGUUUUCCGGCUCAUCAAGGGAUUAAUAUUCUUGACAUUUUUGUCCAUUUUGGUUAUUUUGGUCACACUUGCUCAUAUGACAAUUCAAGACAUUAUAGUGUGUAUUUUUAUCUUCAUGCCUACGGGUUGGGGAAUGCUCCUGAUUGCUCAGGCUUUGAGGCCUGUUGUUAAGAAAGCUGGCUUCUGGGGAUCAGUUCGAACACUUGCUCGUGGAUAUGAGAUUGUAAUGGGCUUGCUUCUUUUCACUCCUGUUGCAUUCCUUGCCUGGUUUCCAUUUGUCUCUGAGUUUCAGACUCGAAUGCUUUUCAACCAAGCAUUCAGCAGAGGUCUGCAGAUUUCUCGUAUUCUAGGCGGACACCGUAAAGAUCGCACAUCUCGUCACAAGGAGUAAUAUACUAAGCAGCCGCAGUUUGUAAUUAUAUUGAUGUUAUUGAUCCCUCGCAUGAAUUCAAUCUUGAAAAUCUUGUCAAUUGUUGUAAUUAUAGUAUGGUUAUGGAUGGAAGACGGGGCUUGGCAAUUUUGGCAUUUUGAAUGCAACAGUCUUAUGAUAUGGCUGCCAAUUGUUUAACCCUAGCAUGGCUCUGAACAAAAUUUGUAAGUUUUACCAAUGUAUUAUUCUGCUUAUCUAUUACUUUUGUCGGCUGAACGCCGCUGGGAAAUAGACAUGAACGUUAUUAAUUGCUUUUCAA